GUCAUCGCUGGCCUGGCUGAAGUUGCAAUUUCUGAGCGGUUUUGUCCGGAAGACUGUGCUCAGGUUAUGACGACUAAUCCCAAACCGAACAAGGCAUUAAAGGUAAAGGAGGAGUCAGGAGAGAAUGCCCCAGUGCUGAGUGAUGAUGAACUCGUGUCAAUGUCCGUACGGGAGCUGAACCAGCACCUGAGGGGUCUCACCAAAGAGGAGGUCAUCCGUCUGAAGCAGCGGAGGCGCACGCUGAAGAACCGGGGCUACGCUGCCAGCUGCCGCAUCAAGCGUGUGACUCAGAAAGAGGAGCUAGAGAGGCAGCGGGUUGAGCUGCAGCAAGAGGUGGAGAAGCUGGCCAGAGAAAACAGCAGCAUGAAGCUAGAGCUGGACGCCUUGCGCUCCAAGUACGAAGCACUCCAGACCUUUGCUCGUACUGUGGCGCGAGGGCCUAUUACCCCGACCAAAGUUGCCACCACCAGUGUCAUCACCAUUGUGAAAUCAGCCGAAAUCUCAUCCAGUUCUGUGCCGUUUUCAGCAGCGUCCUAGUGCCCUCGGUGGGGGGAACUAGCAGCCUUUCAGAGGGGAGGGGAAAAGGCUCUUAUGCAUUGUUCCGGAGUCCUUGGUCAUGUCAAGAAUUGGCAUUUUAACAAUUCUCUUCCAAAAGUGCAAAAAAUAGAGUGAAAAAAAAAAAUAAGAAAAGAAAAAAAACCCCCAAACCUACAAAGGGAACUUAACUGGCUGCUUCUAUCUGGACUUGGUGGCUCCAUCAACCUCUCGUGUCCAGGAUUUGAGCUCUGUAUGCAGUACAAAUUGCAAGAUCUGCUUCCUCCUUCCCCCUGCCUCCCCAAACCCCUCUCAGCCGUGGGCAGUUUUCCAGCUGGGAGAAGAUACUUGAGGAGCCUCCGGAGCCUUCGUGAAUGAUGCUCAAGAGCCAGGAAACAGAUGGACCGUAGAAAUCAUCAUGUGAGAUGAAUCUGAAGGGAAGGAGGCACAGUAAAUGCUGUGAAGAGCUGUGUGAUGGGGAGGAGAAGGGGAGAUGAGGAGGAAAAAUGCUGCAAGUAUUACCAGGUGGAGGCAGAACUGGCUGCGAGAAGGUGGGACAGUUCUGCUGGGAUCAGCACUAUGAGAAGGGGUUUGUGCAGAGUAUUUUGGAAAGAUGUUUUUAAAGCACUGAAGUGUUAACAAGAGGGCGAUAGUGUUCAGACGGGAGGAGAGAAGUUAUAGAGCCUCCUCCUUGACAAAAGCAUUGGUAGGUUAGCAGUGAACAUCCCAGCUGGAGAGCUGGGCUCACCAGUCGUUGAUGACCAGAGAAGGGCUAUGGGGAGGGCGGAUGGGAGCUGGAAGAGUCUUUUCCUCUCCAUAGCAUGUCAGGCGCUGAAGUUGGGAUCCAAAGAGUACAGAGUAGAACCCUCGGUGUUCAGUCAACCUGUGUGAAUGUGACCCUGAAACUUGACGCUUUCUCUUGGGAAUAGGUGAAUUAUCCCGAGAGGUGCAUGGAGGGCAGGAUGGUGAGUCGGGGUGUGUGUAGGGGAUGGAAGAAUUGGGAUUGAGAAGUCGUUCGUAUGGCUCUGAGUGAUGGUUUGGGAGAGGGAUUUCUGGCUUGGCAGCGGGCAGGAGGCGGGAAGCUGAAAGGAGAGAUUCUGCUGUUGCGCAGCAGCGCUGAAAAGACAAAUGUUUCCAGGUCACUGUAAAAAAAAAAAAAAAAAAAAAAA